AUGCCCCUCCCGGUGCACCAAAUGAAUGCAUACUAUGCGGACCAGGCGUCCGGCAACACCCCUGAGCCUCGCACGAAGACCGAGAAGGCCAGAGCAGGCUUUCUGAAGGGCGCUCACUGGCUUCGGGACUACACGACCGCGCUGAAACACGGCCGCACGAAGCCGUUCUCGGAGGUGGAGCGCAAGGUGCGCGAGGCGACGCGCAACGUCCCGUACGGCGCGCACGGCGCGCUCAUGGAGGACCUCGUGCAGGAGACGCGCGACCCGCAGGCCCGCAACACCAUCCUCGCGGUCAUCGAGCAGCGCCUGGGCUACCCGCCUACAAAGUGGCGCAACGUCUACAAGUCUAUGGCGCUCCUGGAGUAUCUCGCGAAGAAGGGGCACCCCGAGGUGGCGCGGCGCGCGCGCGCGGAGCUGGUGCCGGUGCUGCAGGACCUGCAGCGGUCGUUCCACUACGUGUCGCCGAACGGGAAGGAUGAGGGCAUCAACGUGCGCACCCGCGCCAAGGCGCUCGCGGCGCUGCUGCAGGACGACGAGCGGCUGGCGCAGGAGCGGACGGACGCGCAGAACCAGCGUGGGAAGCUGGACAUGACGACGAACGACGGCGGGCGCGGGAGGCCCGGUGGGGGCAGCGCGCACGGCACGCCGCAAUGGGACGACGGCGGCGCGGCGGGGCCGCCGCCGUACUCGUACGAGGGGACGGGGCAGUCGGCGUACUCGUCGGACGAGGAGUACGACGCGCCGCCGCCGGGCGGACCCCCCCCGGCCGCGGUGUUUGGGGCGGGCAAGGAUCGCACGGCCAAGGAGGGCCUGACGUCAGGGACGCCCGGGUGGAUGAACCGCGGCGCCGGGAAGAGCAAGUUCAACAGCAGCGCCGCGCAGCAGUCCGGGUCCGCGAGCUUCGGCGACGAUGCGUUCGGGCCCAGCAACGCGUCGUUCGAGUCAGGCCCGCCGACCGACACCUCGGCGUACGCCGCCUCGACGCCCCCGCGGCCAGCGGCCGCGGCGUACCAGUACCCGUCGUCGCCGGGCUGGGGCGCGGCGACCGCGACGCCGAGUCCGUCCCCCGUCGCGCCCGCGCGCGACGCAGCGGGCGCCGUGCCGCAGGUGCCGCUGCCGCAGGCGGCGGCGCCCGCGCCGGCCGCGAACAACCUGCUGGACUUCGGCGGCGGCGGCGGCGGGGGAGGGGGGUUCGGGGACUCGGCGUUCGACCCCCCCACGGACCUGCUGUCGGCGCCGCUGCAGGAGACGCACGUGGCGCGCGAGGUGCGGGACAUGCAGAACCAGGGGCAGGCGUACGCCGCGGCGGCGAACGCGGCUGCGCCGCACGUGAUCGGCUCGGACGGCCUGCCGCUGGCCACGCCCGUGGAGAUGCAAAUUAUCGUCGCGCCUACGCAGCCGGGCGCGCUCCCGUCGGGGGGCACCGCGCACCGCCCGAUCGCGUACGACGAGACGAAGCUGAGGGUCGCGGGCGUGCGCAACGAGUUCGACCAGUGGUCCCUGAAAGACAGGGCCGCGGAGCACGCGACGAAGCACAUGUCGGGCGUGCCGAUGCGCGUUGAGAAGGAGCAGCGCGGGAACAUGUCCGCGAUGGACGUCGCGCGGGCGCAGGCCGCGCAGGGCCGCCUGGAGAUGCAGCCACACCCAGGCAUGCCGCCACAGGCGCACGCCGGUGCGCCGCAGCAGCCCGGGGCGUGGGGCGCGCCGCAGCAGCCGGGCUGGGGGCCCGCGCAGCAGCCCUGGGAGCAGCCCCAGCAAGGGUACAUUUGA